AUGACAAUCGCCUUAACUACUGUCCUGACUGUAUUGCUUGUCAUCGCACAUCCUGACGAUGAAACUAUUUUUAGCAGUUUCGUUCAUGCCAUCACACAUAAACUCAAUGCUUCUGUUGAUCUAGUGUGUGUAACAAAUGGCGAAGGUGGUUAUAGACAUGUGGAACCGUCUGAAUCUCUCUAUGACAAUGUAAGAUUAUCAAACGAAACUAUCGGCAGAAAGCAUCUACUACGUAUACGUCAACAAGAACUAUUUGGUAGUGGACGAAUAUUGGGUACUAGAAAAUAUUUCUUUUAUGAUCAAAUCGAUUUGGAAUACAAUCGAGAAGUCAAUACAGUCUUUGAAAAACAACGGGAUAAAGAAUGGGUCAUUGAGCAAUUCCAACGAACAAUCAAGAAUGGAAAUGGUGCUGAUGGCUAUGAUUUAAUGGUUAUUAUAAUUCCAAGUACGAACUCGCAUGGUCAUCAUACAACGUCAGGUUUGCUUGCACUCGAAGCUAUUGAUCGUUUACAACGAAUGAAGUCAGUUAACAUAUCCAUACCAACAGUUAUUGGUGAAUCGGAAUUCAUUUUAACUAAAUCGCCAACGUACGCUGAAAAUGGACUAGCUGAAAUAUUAACAAACAUAACGACAUUCGAACUUCGUUUCAACUUGAAAUGGAAAAUGAGUAAAUCGUCGUUUGUUGACUAUAAAACGAUUCGCUUUUGGGUCGCUGCAGAACAUAAGUCUCAAGGCAGUCUCAUGGAUGAAAUAAUAUUCGAAUAUGAUCGUAAUGAAGAACAAUAUUCUUAUUUUGCUAUCAAUGAACGAUACGGUGAUCAUGGACAUCUUUCGAUGACAAGAAAUAUAUUCAGUCAACUUGCCAACAUGCAUCAAAGCGACAGCAAAAAUUAG